UCUUUCAGUUUUGACUUCUGAACUUUGAAAAUGUGCAAAGAAAAGGAAGCAAGCACUUCUGAGAGACUUUUGGGUAAAGAACACACCCAAAUUUUGUAACUGUCCCCCAUAUUUUAAGUCUUUGGUUCACUGGGUAUUUAGAGAGAGAGCUUAGAGACCCACUUGUGUAGUUUGUUAGCAAUCAUGGUUGCAAGAACCCCACCAAAGCAGAGGAAAAUGGUGGCUCCUCUCAACCCAGUUUUACUCAGAGAAACUGUAAAGAAGGUGGAAAGAUGUAUGGCUAGAUUGCAAGAGCUUCAAUACACAGUGGCAGGUGGGAAUAAGGUGAUAGAUGGGGUUAGUCUCAGUCCUAGAAGUACCAGAGGGUAUCUAAGAACUAGUCUUAGGUGCAAGCAAGAAUCUUUAAGGACCAAGAGUACUGCCCCUAAGAAAUCUCCAGUGGGGAAGCUGCCAGCAACUUCAAUAGGCGAAUGGCGGCGAAUGUCUUUACCAGCAAUGCUAGUAGGUGAAACAGUGGGAGAGAUUCUACAAGCAAGCCAAUUUGCAAGAGAAAUUGUUGCAGCUGUUGCUUGCAAAACCAAGAAAUCUACCCUUGAAGACCCCAAAACUCCAGUGACCCAACAGAGAAAACAAAGGCCUCACCCCGAAGACACUGAACUCAAAUCCAGAAGGAAGAAGGAAAAGCAAACUAAAUUACAGUCAAUUCGAUCAGAAUCCGAUUCUCCAUGUCUUUUAAGAGCUCGAUCGCGUAUUAACUUCAAGGUUUCACCUCCUAAGAAGAGUGAAGUGGAUAAAGAAAAUGCUCGGUAUUUGGCAAACAGAGUGUCUCCUAGGAAUAGGCCAUGGGCUAAAAAGACAGUACUGUUUCCAAACCCUUUGUUCCUUUCUACAGAUUCUACACAGCAGCAAAAGUUUUGCAAGACAAGGUCUCCAGUGAUUGCAAGAAACAAAAAGCAGACAACCCCACAUAAGUUCUUGAUUAAGUCCCCUCCAUCAGGUUCAAAAUUCCAAGUAAAGAUCAAGAACCCACCAGUUGUCUGUUCCCUAUCACCUACAAGACCUACAAACUUAAGCAGGAAAUCACCUACAAGACCUACAAACUUAAGCAGGAAAUCACCUACAAGACCUACAAACUUAAGCAGGAAAUCACCUAAGUUGUCAACUGCAUCGAAGUUGCGUCGAUCAUUUUCACCUUCAAGGUUGGCCAACAAAUUGGUGUCUCCAUUGAAAGGCAGAAAAAUUCUGCUGAAGAGUGAUGGGUUAGUAAUGAGUGGACUGAAACAGCGUCCAAUAGCAACACCGAGACGGUUCUCACUGGGGAGAAUUUGAGUGGUGUUAGUUUUCCUUUGGUUUGUUUGAAGAUUGAGGAUUCUAUUUCAGACACUUUAUCAAUGUCCAUAGUUGAUUCUUUUAUAUUACAAACAAGUGUGAAUUGUUGGUUACGUUGUUGAUUCUUGAGGUAUUUCAUCAAGGUGAUCAUGGAUUCUCGUUGUC